UGUCUUUAACUCAGUAUUCUUUUUCUUCUUCCCCAAGCAAUUCCACCAAAAUCUAACAUUCCCUUAUAAGUUAAAACCAAAGAUUGUAACAAAAAGAAAAAGAAGAUAUUUAUUUUGCCAAAACUACCAAACUCGGAAUGAUAUGUAAAUUCAGUAACUACAAAUUAUAAUGUGAAAAUCUCUCUGUCUCUCUCUAUAAUCAAUGUCAACCGUCCACUAAGCCAUUUCUUUAGAAUCUUCUAGAUUUUGUUUUGUUCUUAUGCAGUCCGCCGCUCUCACAUCCUUCAUCCGUCGCACGGCGACGAAAUAUCACGGCGGAGUUGGAAUUGGAAUCCGCCGCAGCUUUUAUUUUCUCUCAGAGAAACGAGAGAAUCCCCAGCCGAGCAACAAAACUAUUCUCAGAGCCUUCUUAGCUCCGGUUGUCUCGUUAGACGACAAAACUAAGGUCUUUAGUCCUGAUCAUGCCAUCGGUACAGUCGCCACAGCUCAAGCUGACUACAUGCGCGUCGUUGUUCAGGAUGUACAUGAGUCUGUCAAGAGUAAUGAUGGAGAUGAUGAUAAGAUUGGCGUUGAGUUGCUUUGCGUGGUGAGAAACUUGCUAAAGAAGAUAGGGCGGACGGUUCUUGUUGGUGAUAAAGUUUACCUGGAAAAUGUUGAUUGGAUUGAUCGGAGAGCAAAGAUCGAUAAUAUGUUUGAACGAGUCUCCGAGACUUUGGAUCCACCUGUGGCCAACGUGGAUCACUUACUCAUUCUCUUCUCUCUCGAUCAACCUAAGAUUGAUCCAUUCACACUCACCAGGUUCUUGGUGGAAGCUGAAUCAGUUGGCAUUCGAGUCACACUUGCCUUGAACAAAUGUGAACUCGUCACUCAAGAGGAAAUAGAAUCUUGGAAGAUGAGAUUGCGUGGUUGGUACUAUGAACCAUUGGUUUGUAGUGUUGAAACUAAAGUCGGACUUGAUGAGAUUGCGUUUAACCUACGUAAUCAAACUUCUGUGAUUGUUGGACCUAGUGGUGUUGGAAAGUCAAGCUUGAUCAACAUAUUGAGAAGUGGCUUUGGUGGUGCCAUUAAAUACCAAGAAGGGUUUAAGCCUAUAUUAGGAUUAAUGUAUGAUGGCCAAAAAAAGAAGAAGAAAAAAAAGUGGUUUGAAGAGCAGAGCGUAGGGGAAGUUUCAGCUAGAAAUGGAAGAGGUAAACAUACAACUCGAAACGUAACGUUACUUCCGCUUUGUGGAGGUGGAUACCUUGCUGAUACUCCUGGCUUUAACAAGCAUAAGUUACUAAAAGUUAAAAAGCAAAAACUUCCCCUGUGUUUUCCUGAGAUACGGAAAAUGGUUGAGGGAGGACAGUGUGAAUUCCAAAACUGCUCGCAUAUAGGGGUACAAGGCUGUGCCGUGAGGGAUGGUUGGGAAAGGUAUCCUUACUAUUUGCAACUCCUUGAAGAGAUCAGAAUCGAUGAGGAGUCUCAAAUUAAGAAGUAUGGAACCAAAAAGGAAGCUGCUGUUAGGUGCAACAUGGGAGAAGAGGGUGUGAAACAAGGUAGAGCACGGCUAGAUCCUAAGAAAUAUAGGAGAGAGUCGAGGAAGACGAUGAAACAGACAAUGAUGAAUGAGCUCGACUUUUAAGACAGCAUCUUUGACUGAUCUAUAUGUAACUAACGACCAAAUUGUCUAAUCAAAUGAGAUCAUCAUU